AUGUCAAGUUCGUCGUCUAAUCACUCUCCCCAUGCGCCCGCCAUAGCUUCGUCUAGCCGCAGUCCGCCGAACGACGAGGACGACGCCUCCGACAAUGGACUCGACAUUGGUGAACAGGAGCUGCUAGCGGAUGAUCCGUUACACGGGGACGGAGGGCUGGACGGAGGGAUCUCGUUCAAACGGAAGCAGAAGUCCACGAAACCCUCCUUCGCAUCGCGUUUCCUCUCGUCGCCUUUCACCUCGAGCCGCGAUGGCACGCCUCCUCCCUCGAGCAACGCCCCCAUCCUCAGCUCUCCGCCCCGACGCGGUCGCGCAGGGAUAUCAAGGCAGCCGACGCCGAAUACCAUCCUCUCCUACCUGAACGCGCCGACAGACGCAGGGACGAACCUCCAAGACCCCAAGGACCCAGCCACGUUAGAUUGGUAUGUGGAAGGACCGGGCAGGAGAGUCGGAUACGACGAUCUCACGGCGAUCGAUUGGAUCUACGAGUACAGUAAAGAGCGCACGCGACUGAGGCAAUUGUCGGCGAAUACACCGGGGUUGCUGGGACACCUCCGAACCGUCGCGGACGCGAGCCAGAUCUGGUGGAUUUUGGUCGCGACGGGGGUCGCGGUGGGGAGUAUCGCGGCGGGCAUCGAUGUCGCGAGUGACUGGUUGGGGGAUCUCAAGACUGGGCUUUGCAGUAAUGUGGAGGAUGGCGGGAGGUUUUAUCUCAAUAAGGUGUUUUGCUGCUGGGGACUCAACAGCUAUGCGGAAUGCCCGGACUGGAGACCUUGGAGCACGGUGAUGGGCGUCGCGAAUAAAGGCGGGAGCUACAUCAUUGAGUAUAUCACUUUUGUGGUGUUCUCGGUGCUGUUUGCGAGUUGUGCGAGUUUGCUGGUGAACAGGUACUCGAUCUAUGCGAAGCAGAGCGGGAUUCCGGAGAUCAAGACUGUGCUGGGAGGGUUCGUUAUCAGGCGGUUCCUCGGGGGAUGGACGCUGAUUGUGAAGUCGCUGGGACUGUGUCUGGCUGUGGCUUCUGGGAUGUGGGCUGGGAAAGAGGGACCGCUGGUGCAUGUUGCCUGCUGCUGCGCCAAUGUCUUCAUGAAGCUCUUCGAUGGCAUCAAUGGAAACGAGGCGAGGAAGAGAGAGACACUGUCUGCUGCGGCGGCUAGUGGCAUUUCUGUUGCUUUUGGCUCCCCAAUUGGAGGGGUGCUGUUUUCCCUGGAGCAGCUCUCCUACUACUUUCCGGACAAGACGAUGUGGGCUUCUUUCGUAUGCGCCAUGGUCGCUGCUGUGACACUUCAGGCUUUCGAUCCCUUCAGGACUGGGCAGCUCGUUCUGUACCAGGUCACCUACCACAGCGGCUGGCAUGCUUUCGAACUGGUACCCUUCGCGCUUAUCGGUGUUGUCGGCGGACUCUACGGUGCCAUGUUCAUCAAGCUGAACAUGUGGGUGGCCAGCUGGCGAGCCUCAACCCGAAAUCCUUUCCUCAAACGACCAGUGCUCGAGGUGGUUGUUGUGGCAUUGAUAACAGCACUCAUCAGCUUCCCAAUCACCUUCCUCCGAGCUCAAUCCAGCGAGCUGGUCGAGUAUCUCUUCGCGGAGUGCAGGGACAUCACGGACGACUUCCUGGGGUUGUGCAAGUCCGGCGUCGCUAAUACCGGCGUCAUCUUCAUACUCUUGAUUUCGUCCUUGCUGGGAUUCAUUCUGGCUACUGUCACUUUCGGACUGCAAAUUCCUGCUGGCAUCUUGCUGCCUUCGAUGGCUGUUGGUGCGCUGUACGGCCGUGUCGUGGGUCUGAUCAUGGAAGUCUGGCAGCAAGAGCAUCCCAACUUUAUUGCAUUCGCCAGCUGCGAGCCGGAUAUUCCCUGCGUUACGCCUGGUACAUAUGCCGUUAUCGGGGCUGCUUCUGCACUCGCUGGGGCGACGCGCAUGACCGUUUCGAUCGUCGUCAUCAUGUUUGAACUGACGGGAGCGUUGACGUACGUGCUGCCCAUCAUGAUUGCGGUCAUGCUUUCGAAAUGGAUUGCAGACGCUUUUGGUAAGAGAGGGAUCUAUGAAGCUUGGAUCCACUUCCAGGGCUACCCUUUCCUGGACAAUAAGGACGAUUCUCCGAUCCCAGACGUGCCUGUGAGCCAGGUCAUGACGAGAUACGACGAUCUCGUGUUCAUCACCGCUAUCGGCCACACCAUCGAGUCUCUGCGCGAACUACUGCACGAUCAUCGAUUCCGUGGCUUCCCUGUCAUCCAUGAUAUGCGAGAGCCGACACUUCUUGGCUACAUCUCCCGCACAGAGCUCCAGUAUGCUCUCGACUCCGCCUCCUCAAGCCGCUCCCUCCCACCAUCAACCGAAUGCUACUUCCAACACCAACCCCUCGCAGACCCCACCGUAACACUCGAUCUCCGCCCCUGGAUGGACCAGACGCCCAUCACCCUCAACUUCCGCUCAAGUCUCCAGCUCACGCACGAGAUGUUCCAGAAACUCGGUCUGCGUUAUGUGGUGUUCACUGACCGCGGACUCCUUUCUGGACUGCUCACCAAGAAGGAUCUUUGGUAUGUGCUGAAUGAGGGCGAGGAGGGGAGGGUUGGAAACGGGGCUGGUGCGCUUAGGGAGGCGGUAACUGAGCGGGAGGAUGAGAGGGGACUGUUGAGUCGGGAGAGAGGGGAUAGUUUGGGGGGAUUGGAUGAGAGGGGGGGGGAUGGAUGA